AGAUAUUAAAAUUCAUAUAAAUAACAUAAUACGUAAUGUCAUUUUGAGUUUUAUAUUUUUUAUUAAAUUGAAGUAUAUCACAUAAUUAUUUAAUUUUCAUAAUCUAAAAGGUUUGUUUUAUUGAAAAAACAAAAUUUAAAUGAAUUGUAGUGAUCCCAAAUAUAUUGAAAAAUGUCAAUAUUGGAACGCGGUGACAAAUACAUGCUUUCCUUUUAAACGAUUCUUAAGAUCAUCAGAAUUGAGCGAAUCUUUAAAUAAUUUACCAUCCGAAGCAAAAGUUGAAAUUCCAUCAAAAUUAUCGGGAAGCGAAAUAAAAGAAUUUUAUGAAAAUGUAGUCAAAAACCCCGUUUCAAACAAAAAUUCUAAAGAUAGACUAUUAAAAGAAGAAGCUUCCCAUGAAGUUGGUGAAAAAAAUGGAAGUGUUGCUAAAAUAGAAUUUGAUAAAACAAGAUUUUUUCGUGCAGCAACAUACAAUGACUUAAAAACUUUGCGGUCCUUUAUUUAUAAGGAUGAUUCAAUAAAUAGCACAGAUCAAUAUGGGUGGUCGGCUUUAAUGAUGGCAUCUUGUGAAAACUCGAUUGACGCUGUUAAGUUUUUAUUAUUUCAAGGAGCAAACAAAUACAUUUGCGAUGGGAAGGGUAAUACAGCCCUUGAUUUGUCAAAACGAAAAGGUUAUAGCACUAUUGUAAAUUUACUAACCACUUAUAAAAAUAAAGACAAUAAUCAAUUAAAAAAAGAGCUAAAAAAUAGCAAAUACAGUAAAACAUUUAAAUAUUUUUGCUCAAUUUGCAAUGAAAAUUUUAAUGUAAGAAGCAAGAAAGAGCACGAAACAUCAACAAUUCAUUUAUUUAAUACUAAAAAUGAUAAAAAGAGUUUUUUAAGGUAUUCCACAAUACCUAAUAAUAAUAGGGGUUUAAAAAUGAUGGUUAAACAAGGAUGGGAUCGAGAAAGUGGUCUCGGGCCAAAGCGAAAUGGAAAUUUGUUUCCAAUUAAAACCGUUAUACGAAAACCUAGAUCGGGUCUCGGAAUUGAACAAGAUUCUGCAAAAAUUACACAUUUUAAACCAUAUGAUUUGAAUGCAAUUAAGUAUAAACCAAUGUUAAAAUCAAAAUCACGAAAUGAUAUAAAAAGAGAACGGAAAAGAAAUAAAAAAAUGGAACGAAGAUUAAGGAAUGAACUUUCCUGAGGAGUUGCAGUUCAAAAUUUAUAUAUCAAAAUCAUACUGAAAUAAUCAAAUUUCCAUUAUUUCCUUAAUAUUGGUUAAUUCUUUUUAAUUUCAGAGUUUUUCUGUGAUAAGUUAAUAUUUACAUCUUAAUCGACAAAAAUUUGAA